UUUUAGAAAAUAAUUAGUCUGAAAAUGGGUCCCAACCCUAAGAAAUAGUCAAUGUCAUUCACACCGUUUAAUUUAUAUCCCUACACGCUAUUCAGAUUUCCUCGUAAACUUUUUAUCUUGUCUCUUUGCAUAUUUUCAACAAUGGCCAAGCUCACCGUUACAGUUACUGUCAUUGUCAUCGUACUCUUGUUCACGUUGUCGUUGGCUCUCUCCGUCGUUUCCUCCAAAACGGAAAAUGAAAUCACUGCCGAUAACCUUAACACUUUAUCAGCCGAACCAGACCCAGACACCACAAACCCAUCCAUUCCCGGAUCCGGGUCAGGACCCGAAUUAACUUCUUCCGAUGAGGUCACUGUGCCGGUGAAUUUCGUGAAUUUUCAUCCGAUCAAUCGUCAUUUCCCUAGACGUCCGUUGAUGACAGUUACUUUCAACCGCCGUCCGUGCCACCAUCGUCGGCACGAGCUGUUUGGACGAGCCCUCCAGAUCCCUUACGGCAACGACAUGAACUUCUCCGGCGAAGAAAAGGCGACAGAUACAGAUCCUUUGUCAGACGAUGUCGUCGUGGAUAUCCCGGAGAUCAAGAUGUUAGUCGGCCCCUUGCCAUCGGAGGAGAUAGAACACCAUCCCGGCGAGGAGGAUGGCUCCAUGAAGAUUACGGUGAAUUUGAUUAAGCUCAAAGGAGAAGAUGAAAGGGAGAAUAUGUUUACGCGGAAGAUUCGCAAGUUUCUGAACCGUUUGGUCUGAAGAAGAUGAACAAGACUCUAGUUUGUGUUAGAAUCUAAUAAGAUACAAUAAAAUAAAGCCUUCUUCUUUUCCAUGGCUCUUAUAGUAAAACAAUGAAGAUGAGAUUGUCUAUAUAAUAAAAUUCAGUAGAAUUUGUAGAAGCUUAAUUCUAUAAUUUGAUUAUAUUAGAUUGAUUGCAGAAAUAUGAAGAUGGCAAAAGGGUAUACAAUAACUUACACUACACAACAUGAGUAUUAUGACGCUUGGUUAUCGCAGGAACCGCCUUGUUGUGCCGUUGAUGUCAGCUCGGGGCAAGCCGCGGGGUUGACUUUCUCGGCGGCUCCAACGACAUCUGAGCAUUUCCAUAUCGGAGAACCUUUCGUUCCGGUGAGUGUAACAUUGGAGAGGCAGAGAUUGGUGAAAGGUGAAUCUUUCAGUCCCUGGACCAUGCCAGCUCGCUCGACCUUGAUGCCCCAGACGUUCUUGAUCGUUAUGCCUCUUACGACGGGAAGAGCGGAUGUGUUGAAAUGAUCAUCCGGGUGAUCUCCGGUGUCGCCAGAGAUCUUAAUCCCGGUCCGGACUUUUUCCAAGUGAACACCUGAGAUUGUGAUCCCCUGGAUGCUUCCUCCUCGGCCAAUGUUGGUCUUGAUGUGGACGCCGAUCCCGGAACUGUACAAAGUGAUGUCUUCGACCGUGACAUUCUGGAUCCCGCCAGAGGUUUCGCUUCCUAUGGCAAUUCCGGCAAACGGGGAAGAUCCGGUGAUGCGGCGGAUGGUGAUGUCACGGCUUGGACGGUUGUACGCAAUGCCAUACUCGUCCCAGCCGCUCUUCACCGCAACAAGGUCGUCGCCAGUGGAUAUGUAGGAGUCUUCUAUACAGACGUUAGAGCUUGAAUCUGUGGAUCGAUUCCAUCGGUGUUUGGGGAAUCAGUUGGAGCGAGGAUGGUAACGUGAUGGACUACAACAUCACUGCAGUAAACGGGGUGAAGUGUCCAGAAAGGGGAGUUCUGAAGAAGAACGUGAGAGAUGAGGAUGUUGCUUGAGUUUUUGAACUCGACGAGGCCAGGUCUUGUAAACUUUAGAGUUCCCUGUCUCCACAUGUUCCACCAAGCUUCUCCUGCACCAUCAAUCGUCCCGUUUCUGCCUGUAAUAACAACGUCACUAAGUCCGUCUCCAUGGAUAAAGCUGAUAUAUCUUCGUCCGGGGCGUUCGCGUCCUCUGCCAUAAGACGGCAAAGGGUCGAUCAAGGGCCAUUUCUCCGUAUACUGAACGGCUUUGAUAACGGCGCCCUCGGCGAGGUAUAGAGUCAUGUGGCUCGUGAGGUUGAAGCUCUCAGUCAGAUACACACCGCGAGGCACGUAGAGAAGCGUUCCAUCGCUAGUAUUGGCGUUCCGAAUCCGAUCGAUCGCCGCGUUAAAGGCAUUGGUGUUCAAGGUCGCGCCGUCACCGACAGCGCCAAAGUCCGAAAUCGAGAGCAUCUUGCUCCUGUGCUUCAUCGGAACUAUCCCGGAGCACGUGAUCGGAUCUCCGAGCGAUAGACGGGGAGGGAAGACAGCGGAGAGGAAGAGCAGCACGAAAGCAGAGAUUGGAGCUCGAGAAAUCCUCAUUGCUGGUUCUACGUGAAGCUUGUGUACAGUGAAGAACAGAGUAAAUCGGAGAGGAAAUUUGAUUUAUCAUUCGGUGGAUCUUAGACAAAGGCAAAACUCCGAGAAAUCUAUCUGUCACUGUGAGAGAGUAAAUGCUAAACAAGAACGCCAAGGAAGAAAGCCAAAAAAGCAGAGGGGACAGCUAAUUUACGCUUUAAAGCAAUAACGGGCCUAAAUUAGUAAGCCCAUUAACUAUAACGGGUUGGCCCAUUGUUUCACCUUCUCCCGCCAAGUUUACCCUAAUUGUUUUCCUCUUUCCCGCUAUUUGCCCCAAAUGCCCAAAAUAAUUUCUCUACUCGACAUUCUUCUCCGCUAAGCUCCAUCGCCUUCAAAAAUCAUAGUAAAGAAACGUUUGUGUUUAGCGAGGAAAGAUGACGAGAGAGGAGACUGAAAACAGAGGAGAGGAUAUGGUGAUCGAUGUGCCACAAACCACCAACCCAAAAACUAAAAUCGAAAAUCCCGACGAAUUCAAUGUUCAUUACCUCCGCAUUUACUACGGAAAUAUGUUUCCUUACACUGAUAUUCACAAAUGGCUUUCAUACGGACACGAUGGGAAACAUCCUGGUUGCGAUGAGUACUACUUUGGCCGAAGGGAAUUCUCAUUUACGCUUGAGAACGAUGUUUAUUUGCGGUAUAAGUCCUUCAAGAACGCUUCAGCUAUGGAAGACGCUAUCAAAGGGAGUUUCCCUUACAAGAUUGAUAUCGGCGCUGUGUAUAGCGUAGAUCCGGAUAAGAGGCAUGCCUAUGCACAAACUGGUACCAAUGUGUUCACUCCAGUGGAGAGGGAGUUGGUCUUUGAUAUUGAUAUAACUGAUUAUGACGACGUUAGAUACUGUUGCUCGGGAGCUGAUGUUUGCUCCAGGUGUUGGCCUUUAAUGACCGUUGCUAUCAAAGUCAUUGAUACUUCCUUAAGAGAGGAUUUUGGUUUCAAACACAUCCUCUGGGUCUUCAGUGGGCGUCGUGGAGUUCACUGUUGGGUUUGUGAUGCCAAAGCUCGAAGGUUGACUAAUGAACAAAGAUCAGCAGUUGCUGAAUACUUCCGUGUUUAUAAGGGUAAUGAAAACAAUGCAAGAAAAGUCGCUCUUAUGGGUCACUCUCUUCAUCCGUUCCUUGCGAGAUCGUAUGGGGAUUUUCUCCAGAAAUUCUUUGAGAGGGAUUUACAAGCAACUCAAAGUAUAUUCUCAAGCAAAGAAAAGUAUGAGAAGAUACUUGAGAUGAUUUCAGAUGAAGAUAUUCAGUCAGAGCUCAGAGAAAAGUGGGAGAAUUCGGCUAGAUCAUCUUUAUCAGAAGAAGACAUCAGCCGUACAAGGUGGGAGCAGCUUAAAAGCACGCUUCAGUCCAAGAAACAGAAGUCAGCUUUUAGCUUGAUGAACUUAAAAAUCCCUGUUCUGCUCAGUUUCAAUCUUGUAUCCAAUGUUCCAGGCUCCAACGCUGCGGAGGUCUCAAAACAAAUGAACCAUUUGCUUAAGGCACCCUUCUGCGUCCACCCAAAAACAGGUCGUGUCUGUGUUCCGAUCGACCCAAAUAACUGCGAUGAGUUUGAUCCACUGGCAGUUCCAACACUUCCACAGCUAAUAGAAGAAAUCAACUCAGGAGGCUCCAAAAUGGAUGUGGAUGAUGAUGUUUCAGAGAGAAAUUUACUUGGGAGAUCAAUCAAGUUCUUCAGAUCCUCAUUUCUAGAACCUUUACUAAAAUCCUGCAAGGAAGAAAUAGAGAGUUCAUACAACACCAAAAUUGAGAAGUCUAAAGAUUCUUUCAGCUGGUAACGAAGUUACUGAGCUUAGCUCAGUUUACAACCCGGUUACUUGGUCUCGGUUUCGAUUAUAGUUUUGGUUCAGUUUGUAAUGUAUGAUCUUCACUAAACUUUUGAAUCUAUCAGUCUGUAUCUUGUUGUGAUGUUUCCCAAGAAAAUUAUACUUUAUUAGCGAGUGAUUAACGAGCAAGACUUGUGAUUGAGUAUAUUUAUGUGUUUAUAAAUUACACAGAAGAUAUAAUCAUAGAUCGUUAAGGUAA